GCUUGAACGUUUACGCUAUCCGUAGUGUUCCUGGCAAACAGGAAGUUGAGGUCAAAAGCUGCAUGGAAGGUGAAACAGGCUGAAACAUUACAGUAUUUUCAACAUUGAACACAUUUUAUCAGCGUGGUAAAGGUUUGAAGGCCAGAUCUCUAAGAUGUUCCUGACGAUGGCUCUGUUCAGGAAGGGGAUCCCUGGCAAGCAGUGGAUCGGAAAGUACCGGCGGCCGCGACAGGUAACCUGGCAGAUGAAACGUAAUAUGAUUGAAAGGCUGGAGAUCGAAGCUGCGAAUGAGUACUGGCUGAGCCGGCCCUACAUGACCAGGGAGCAGGAGCAGGGCCACGCCACAGAACGCCGUCUUCAGAAGUGGAUCGGCAUCAAGAGCUCAAAAGCAGCUAACUUUCCAGAACACACAUUUUUGGGCGAUCACCUUAACCACCUGAAUGUCACCAAAAAGUGGACAGUAUCUUAGCAACACAUUGCAGAAGCAUUGAUGUCUUAAUAUCACCAGUGUUUAAAUGAAAAAGAGAAAGUUGACUGGGUGGCGUGAGGGAGCCUAAUGUAUGAAUAUGUAUUGUGUACGUAUAUUAUUAAAGGUGCUGGAUUAAAUCGGAAGACAACUUGA